GCUAGGGCCGGUCUAGGGGGCACCAGGGAGGGCAUCACAGGCAUGUGGCCUCCUGCCUGUCCUCGGAACGCCCACCUGGGCAGAGUGGGCUGUGCGGCCCUGCCCAGCAUAUUGCUCGUCUUGCUGGGGGUAGCAGGCGCAGCAAGAAGCUGCCCCUCCCUCUGCACCUGCUCCGGAAACAUCACCGACUGCUCUGGGCUGGGCCUGCUCUACCUCACCGCCCUUCAGCCUCUCCUCCCCUCCGACACCCUCGUCCUCCGACUACCUCACAACAACCUCUCCUCCCUGGGCGCUCGGGACCUGGGAGACCUCCCCCUCCUGGAGGCCCUGGAUCUGUCCAACAACCAGCUCAGCAGCCUCCAGCCCAGAGCCUUCUCAGGGCUGGGCUCCCUGCAGUGGCUCAACCUGUCGGGGAACUUCCUGGGUCCGCUCCGUCUGCCGGUGGAGCGCAGGAACCUCACGGAGCCCCAGGAGGGCGGGGCCCCGCGGGGGCUGAGCGCGGAGCUGUUCCAGGGCCUGCUGCAGCUGAAAGGCCUGGACCUGUCCUACAACGGCCUGGUGGCCCUGCCUGGGAGCCUGCUGGAGGGGCUCCAGGGCCUGGUCUGGCUGUCUCUGGCCAGGAACAGGCUGCGGGCCCUGGAUAGGGCCUCCUUCGAGCCCCUGGAGAGCCUGCAGCAGCUCCAGCUGGAGGGGAACCCCUGGGACUGUGACUGCAAGCUGAGGGACUUCAAGCACUGGAUGGAGUGGAUGCUGUACAGGGACGGCCAGGUGGACGAGGUCCGGUGCAGCCUCCCCAGAGAGCUGAAGGGCCGGGACAUUCGCAGCGUUCCCGUGGAGAUGUUCAACUACUGCCUCCAGCAGGAGCCCCCGGCCAAGGGCCCCGUCUACCGGCCCCUGGACCCCCGGGGCAGCCGGCCCCCCUGCAUCGGCCGGGCCAACGUCGCCAACCAAGCGGGAGGCGGAGAGGACUGCGCCCGCCAGCGUCACCGGACGGCCAGCGUGCGGCGGGCGGCGAGCACGCAGAUCGUGGCGGGGGUGGUGUGUGGGGUGGUGUGUGUGAUGAUGGUGGUAGCAGCCACCUACGGCUGUAUCUACGCCUUGCUCAUGGCCAAGUACCAACGAGAGCUGAAGAACCGCGGGCAGCCUCUGAUGGCGGAGGCCGUGGCCGACAACGACCCUGAGGACGCCACGGCCUCCUCCCCGGACUCCCUGGAGGAGCCGGGGCCCAAAGAGGCCAGCGGGAUCGUCCACGGAUACCGAAUCAGCAGCUUUUAACCCAAGCCUGCUUGUAAGACUACAAUUCCCCACGCUGAGAA